UCAAACACAAGUGGGACAGCAAGAAGUCGGCUGCACUCUGAACACAUGAGAGACUGCAAUUUAGGAGACUUUUCCCUUUGUCCUUUUUUUAACAUCCAACCGUGUUAUCCAAGAGUUUUUUUUUUGGAGUCAGGGAAACGCCGCUGAAACACAAUGAUCUCACGGUAUAAACAGAGUCCCGGUUCCACCAUGUCCUUGGCGUUCUGUGGGAACGAGAAUAACUCGGUGGCCUACAAUGUGGACGGGGGGGUCCUGAACAACGGCUGUUUCCUGGAUGCGCUCAAUGUGGUGCCACAUGUCUUCCUCCUCUUCAUCACCUUUCCCAUCCUAUUCAUCGGCUGGGGCAGCCAGAGCUCAAAGGUCCACAUCCACCACAGCACCUGGCUUCACUUUCCUGGUCACAACCUGCGCUGGCUCCUCACCUUUGUCCUGCUCUUCGUCCUCGUCUGUGAGAUUGCAGAGGGCAUCGUCUCUGAUGGGUUCACCCUAUCCCUCCAUCUUCACCUGUACAUGCCUGCAGGUCUGGCCUUCAUGGCUGGCAUCACCUCUAUUAUCUACUAUCAUAACAUCGAGACCUCCAAUUUCCCCAAACUACUAUUAGCCCUGUUCAUCUACUGGGUGCUGGCCUUCAUCAUGAAGACCAUCAAGUUUGCAAAGUACACCGAGCAUGGCAUCGGCCCCAGGCAACUACGCUACUGCAUCACCGGACUGCUGGUGCUGCUGUAUGGACUGCUACUAGCUGUGGAGAUCAAUGUCAUCCUGGGCAGGCGCUACAUGUGUUUCGCCGACCCAAAAGAGGUGAAGCCUCCUGAGGACCUCCAGGACCUUGGUGUUCGUUUCCUGCAGCCCUUCGUCAACCUGUUGUCCAAAGCCACCUAUUGGUGGAUGAACACCUUUAUUACCUCCGCUCACAGACGACCCAUCGACCUCAAGGGCAUCGGCAAACUGCCCAUCUCAAUGAGAGCCCUCACCAACUACAUGAAGCUACGCAAGGCCUUCGAAAACCAGAAGAGCCCUCAGGGCACAGCACCCCAGGGCCCAAAGUUGAUCUGGCAGGCCUUGAGGAAAGCAUUCGGCAGACCACUCAUCCUCAGCAUCACAUUCCGCUUCCUGGCCGACCUGCUGGGCUUCGUCGGUCCUCUCUGCAUCUCUGGCAUCGUCCACCACAUCAGCAAGGACAACCGCACCAUUCAGCAGCCGGUGAGGUUGCUGGGGAUCUAUUUCAUUUCCUCCAAGGAGUUUCUGGAGAAUGCAUAUGUGCUGGCCGUGCUGCUCUUCUUUGCCCUGCUCCUGCAGAGGACCUUCCUCCAGGCCUCCUACUAUGUGGCCAUUGAAACAGGCAUCAACCUGCGCGGGGCCAUACAGACAAAAAUCUACAACAAGAUCAUGCGUCUGUGCACCUCCAACAUGUCCAUGGGAGAGUUAACUGUUGCUCAGAUCUGUAACCUGGUUGCCAUAGAUACCAACCAACUCAUGUGGUUCUUCUUCCUCUGUCCUAACCUGUGUGCCAUGCCAGUACAGAUUGUUGUGGGAGUGAUCCUGCUCUACUACCUCUUGGGAAUCAGUGCCUUGAUUGGAGCGACCGUCAUCGCUGUAUUAGCUCCUGUACAAUACUUUGUGGCCACUAAGCUGUCCCAAACACAAAAGAGCACUUUAGAAUACUCCAGUGAACGUCUAAAGAAGACCAAUGAGCUGCUGCGGGGCAUCAAGCUGCUGAAGCUGUAUGCCUGGGAACACAUCUUCUGUGACAGUGUAGAGGAGACCAGGGGCAAAGAGCUCACCAGCCUGCAGGCCUUCGCUCUUUACACAUCCAUAUCCAUUUUCAUGAAUGCAGCUAUUCCCAUCGCAGCUGUAUUGACGACGUUUGUGGUUCAUGUUCACAUCUCUGAGGACGCUGAUCUGUCCCCAGCUGUGGCCUUUGCCUCUCUGUCCCUCUUUCACAUCCUGGUCACCCCCCUCUUCCUGCUCUCUAGCGUGGUGCGCUCCACCGUCAAGGCUCUUGUUAGCGUUCAGAAGCUCAGCGAGUUUUUCUCCAGUGAUGAGAUUGGAGACGAACAGGAGCCCAGAGCGAUGUUAACCUCUGGCUCCAGCAAUCACAACCAAAAUAGAUACCAGGCUGUGCCCCUGAAGGUGGUGAAUCGGAAGCGCCCCCCGAGGGACGACUGGAACAACUACAGCUCACCGGGGGACCAUGAGGGCGACGGACCCUCCCAGAACAUGGACCAAGACAUCUGUAUCAAGAUAACCAGCGGUUAUUUCACCUGGACCGAUGGAUCACCAACACUUUCUAAUGUGGACAUCAAGAUUCCCUUUGGUAAGCUGACUAUGAUUGUGGGCCAGGUGGGUUGUGGAAAAUCGUCUCUGUUGCUGGCAGCACUGGGAGAGAUGCAGAGAGUAUCGGGAACAGUCACCUGGAACAGCCUGCCGAACCUGGAGUCUGAGGGAGAUGAAAGUCCCACAGAUAGAGAUGCAGCAGGUGACGGCGACAUCAGGAAGAGAGGGGCUGUGGCCUAUGCUUCCCAGAAGCCCUGGCUGUUAAAUGCGACACUGGUGGAGAACAUCACCUUUGAGAUGCCCAUGAUCAAACCGAGAUACGAAGCUGUCAUCGAGGCCUGCUCUCUUCAACCUGACAUCGACAUUCUUCCACAGGGGGACCAGACAGAGAUCGGGGAGCGGGGUAUCAUCCUGUCAGGUGGACAGAAGCAGCGUAUCAGCGUAGCCAGAGCCUUGUACCAGCAGACCAACCUGGUCUUUCUGGAUGACCCAUUCUCUGCCUUAGACAUCCACCUGAGUGACCAUCUGAUGCAGGACGGCAUCCUCAAGCUCCUGAGAGAGGAGAAGAGGACGGUGGUGUUGGUCACACACAAACUUCAGUACCUACCACACGCAGACUGGAUCAUUGCCAUGAAAGAUGGCACCAUCCAGACUGAAGGGACUCUAAAGGACAUUCAGAACUCUGAGCCUGAACUCUUUGAGCAGUGGAAAACCCUGAUGCACAGACAGGACCAGGAGUUUGAGAAGGAGACGGUGGCAGCAAGUAUGACAGAUCUAGAGAGGAAAAACCUGCGGAGGGCCAUGUAUUCCAGAGAGGCCGCCAGGACUGAAGAGGACGAGGAAGCAAAAAUUACAAGUGGUUCAUCAGACAGACACAGGAGGACAAAAUCUGAGAAAUGUGUCAGAAAAAGAAGGACAGAGAGAGAAAACGAAGAUAAUGAAAUGUCUACUGUAGGAAGGAGGGUAGGAGGAGGAACGUCAGAAAUGUCAGAGCAUAUGAGCAAGGAAUCCGUGGAGAGUGAUGAUGACGACAACCUGUCGCAGGUAAUGCGUCAGCGCGCAACCAUCCCCUGGCGCUCCUGUGGCACCUACCUGUCGUCCGCUGGGCUCCUCCUGCUCACCCUGCUCCUCCUGUCACAGCUCCUCAAACACUCCCUCAUGGUCGCCAUCGACUACUGGCUGGCACACUGGACGUCACGCGUCAUCAAGGCCAAGAUCGAAGCCACAGCUCGAAACUGUACCGUCGUUCAGGACUGCGGCUUCAGUCACUCGUGGUAUCUGUCAGUGUUCAGCGUGCUGUGCUGCCUGGGCAUCGUCCUGUGUCUGGCCACCUCCGUGGCUGUGGAGUGGACUGGUCUCAAAGUGGCCAAGGAGCUCCACCACAACCUGCUCAACAAGAUCACACUGGCCCCCAUGAGGCUGUUUGAGACGACUCCGCUCGGCAGCAUCCUCAACAGGUUUUCCACAGACACAAACACAAUCGACCAGCACAUCCCCACCACCCUGGAGUGCCUCUCCCGCUCCACCCUGCUGUGUGUGUCCGCCCUGGGCGUCAUCUCCUACGUGACCCCUGUCUUCCUCAUCGCCCUCCUGCCACUGGCCGUCGCCUGCUACUUCAUCCAGAAAUACUUCCGGGUGGCCUCCAGGGACCUACAGCAGUUGGAGGACAGCACCCAACUCCCUUUACUCUCCCACUUCUCUGAGACAGUGGAAGGUCUCACCACUAUAAGGGCCCUCAGGUAUGAGCCCAGGUUCAGACAGAGGCUACUGCAGUUCACUGAUGCCAACAACAUCGCCUCUCUCUUCCUCACAGCAGCCAACCGUUGGCUGGAGGUCCGCAUGGAGUAUGUUGGAGCCUGUGUGGUGUUGGUGGCAGCUGUAGCCUCCAUCACUAACUCUCUCUACUACCAGCUGUCCACCGGUCUCGUGGGACUGGGACUGACGUACGCACUCAUGGUAUCCAACUACAUGAACUGGAUGGUGCGUAACCUGGCAGACAUGGAAGUACAGCUUGGCUCAGUCAAGAGGAUUAACGGCCUGCUCAAAACUGAACCAGAGAAUUACGAGGGGCUGCUCACUGUGUCUCAGGUCCCUGACGGCUGGCCCCGGCAGGGAGAGAUCAAGAUCCAGAAUCUGAGCGUACGAUACGACGCCACACUGAAACCUGUGCUCAAAAAUGUCAAUGCACACAUCAGCCCUGGGCAGAAGGUGGGGAUCUGUGGCAGGACAGGCAGCGGAAAAUCCUCUUUCUCCCUGGCCUUCUUCCGCAUGGUGGACAUGUUUGAGGGGAGGAUUGUGAUUGAUGACAUCGACAUCGCCAUGCUGCCUCUGCAGACCCUCCGGUCUCGCUUGUCCAUCAUCCUCCAGGACCCCAUCCUGUUCAGCGGCACCAUCCGGUUCAAUUUGGACCCAGAGAUGAAGGCUACAGAUGAGAUGCUCUGGGAAGCUCUGGACAUUGCUCAGCUGAAGCCUGUUGUUAAAUCCCUUCCAGGAGGCCUGGAUGCCCAGGUGACAGAGGGAGGAGAAAACUUCAGUCAGGGCCAGAGACAGCUGUUCUGUCUGGCCAGAGCCUUCGUCAGGAAGAGCAGCAUCCUCAUCAUGGACGAAGCCACUGCAUCCAUAGACAUGGCAACGGAGAGCAUCCUGCAGAAAGUGGUGAUGACUGCAUUUGCUGACCGAACAGUAGUUAUCAUAGCACAUCGCGUCCACACCAUCCUGAAUGCUGACUUGGUGAUUGUGAUGAAGCGGGGGAUCAUCCUGGAGUACGACACACCCCAGGCCCUGCUGGACAAAGAGGACAGCGUCUUCACCUCCUUUGUGCGAGCGGACAAGUAGCACAAGAAGAGAGAGGGAAAGCAUAAAAGGAAGACAUUCAAAGUGCAAUUGACCCAUGGAAUAUACUCCUUUUAUUUUUUAAUCAUGUUGUAUUAUAUUUGUACAUAAAAAAGCUAAUUCUUUGUUAAUAAAACAUAAAUUAUCAUGUA